GGGUGGGAGGAGCUGGGGCGUGUGUGGGUGUGGGGAGCUGGAGUGUACUGGGAUAAGCUGGGAUGUACUGGGAUGAGCUGGGGGCCCUCGCUGGGAUGCGUUGAGAUGUACUGGUCUAUACUGGGACGUACCGGGAUGAGCUGAGAGUCUGCGCUGGGGUGGGCUGUGCUGUACUAGUCUAUACUGGGAUGAGCCGGGGGCCCGCGCUGGGAUGGGUUGGGGUGUACUGGUCUAUACUGGGACGUACUGGGAUGAGCUGAGAGCCCGCGCUGGGGUGGGCUGCGCUGUGCUGGUCUACACUGGGGUGCACUGGGUCAGUCCCCCCCGGGAUGCGGUGUCCCCGCUCGGCUGGGCAGGGGGAGCUGUGGGGUCUCCUGUCCCCGCGCAGAAAAAGAGAUCGUCAGCCCCCAAAGUGCGACGGGACAAGUCGCGCCCCCCCGCCCGGGCCUCCCCCCGGGCUUCCACCCACUCUGACACCCACUCGCCCUCGGCCGAGGGCGGGAGGACGUCCCCGCCCGGGGAACCCCUGGACGUCGAGAACAUCCUGGCCGAGCUCCUGGACCGGGUGAUAGCCGAGAGCGUGCGGGCGGCGGUGGCGCGGCAGCGGGUGCCCUACACGGUGUCCCGGGCGCGGGACGCCAUCCUGUGUGUCCUUGAGUGGCGGUUCCUGGCGCGGGACGAGGGGGACCCCGACCCCGGGGAGGACCCGGACCCCGAGCGAGCCCGAGCCUGGAGCGAGGACGAGGAGCCCCAGCCCUGCGUCCUGGACACCUCGGCGCAGGGCGUUGUCCCCGUCCGGCUGGUCCCUCCGUCCCUGGGAGAGGUCCCGUCCCAGGAAUCCCCCGUGACAGACGAGGCUUCCUCCGAGCAUCCUCUCCGGGCCCUCGACGCUGUCACCGUCCCGGCUGUCCGUCUGUCCCGGGGAGAGGUCCCCGAUGCGAAGCCCCCGAGCCAGGACCCCCCCGCAGCAGCCGGAGCUCCCCCCGCGGUUCCCGGCCGGGUCCCCGGCGCUGUUCCCACCCUGCCCGCGCCAGGGCCACCCCGCCCGGAGCCUCCCACCGCCCCCCGGUCCCUCGACAGAAAAUCCCGUCCCUCGCGGCCGCCCCGGCCCCGCCCGGCCCCACCGGGCCCCCCCCGGCCCCCGGCCCCGCGCCCGGCCGAGCCCCCGGAGCCCCCGGCGCGGGGGGAACAGCGGGCACCCCGCGGGGCCGGGCCGGGCGACCGAGAGCCAGCACCGCCACCGUCCCCCCGCGCCAGCCUGGGUUCCCUCCCGCCGGGGAGACCCCCUCGCGGCCCGGGGGCGGUGUCGGAGGGGCCCGGCCCCGGCCCGGGGGUGGCCAGGCCGGGUGCCCGGCGCGGCUCCGCGCGGGUGCGGCCGCAGGUGAAGGUGCUGGACGUGUUCACCGAGCCCGAGCGGCCGCGGCCCCGCGCUGCCCCCCGCGCGGGCCGGCCGCCGGACACGGGGGGCCGUGGGGGCCAACCAGCCCCGCCGGGGCCCCCGCAGCCCCCGCCGGGCCCCCCCAGCCCCGAGCCCCCGCCGUGCGACUCCUGGCUGAGCUCGGCGCCGCUGGCGCCCGGGGUCACCGUGCGCUGGGCGGGCGGCGAGCGGCGCGGGCCGGGCACGGCGGGGCACGGCGAGCACGACGAGGAGGAGGGCGAGGGGAGCGAGGCCGAGCGGGAGCUGAGGCCCAUCCCCUCCGCCCCGGCGUUCCGGCUCGCGUCGGACGGCGAGCGCUGAGGGCAGCGCCUGGAAAACCCGCCGGGAACGCGGCUGCGCCGGGCGCUGCCCCUCCCGGGAUUGUCCCAGCUCCGGGGGGACCCCCGGCCCUCGGGGGGUCCUCGGCACCCCGUGUCCUACCUCCAAUCGCGCCGGGGCCGGCACCAGGACCGGAGCUCAGGGCCCUUUGCCAGAGCUGCUGGAGAGAACAGGAAUAAAAUCAAAUCAGAGGGGUU